UACCAAUUUCGUCCGACUCUUCAGCGUUUUUCGCAUAGUGCUCAACAACAGAUUCUGUCGUAGUGCGGAUUUAUAAUGGAACACUAUUUUUUAAUUUGAUUCCCGUAUUAUUGCAAAAGUUUGGAAAAUGAGCUACUACCGACCAAAAUCUAGUUACUCCGGAUCGUAUUACGCAGGACGUUCAUCGAAGGGCGAAGAAAAUGGCAAUCCUCGAUCCAGUCAUUCAUCAUCAAGAGAUCCUCCGCCACCGGGAACUUCUGCCGAUUCCUAUUUGCUCGCGGAAGCAACCAACUUUAGUGUACCUCCUCCGGUAAUUCCACCCGUAAGACCAGUGUCCUUACCACCGGCUCAACAUGGUGCCAUGCCCGGAAGUGGAAAUGGCGUAUCGUCACGGUAUCAUUCCUCCGGAUCCCAGCCGUACUAUGGUCAGUAUGCGUCGACAUCUUCGCGUUAUUACAGCUCAUCUGGUUCGAGGACUAAUGAGAGGAGAGAAGGAUCGGAGGCAUACUCGGAUCAUUCUAAAAGAAGCAGCUACUCGCGAAGUCGGUCUUCUCCACCUCCCGGCAGUUACUCAUACCGUAGCGGGCGCAGUCAUUCUGUUCCGACCAGGGAUCACGACCGUAGACCGAAAAGUCGGGACCGAGAACGUGAUCGCGAUAGAUCAACGAGAUCUUCUACUCGGACAGAACACACAAGAAGGACCGAUUCUGCUUCUGGGGACAGCAAAGAGCGGCCACCGCGCGUUUCCAGAUUCAAAGUGGAUUCUGAACGUGAAGCAAUAUUGUCCAAGUGGCGCAAGAACUUCUGUGAGACUCCAGAAGACAUCCGUAAGAAACUGGCCGAGCUUACCAAUGAUGAAGAGAAAACUUCGUGGGUGAGAUCGUCUCCGGCCGAUUUGUUCUACCGAAGGAUUUCCGAUAAAGUUGUUGAAGGAACUCCCCGGUUGGAUGCACUCUGUGCUCUGUUUGAUGAGGAGCUCAUCCGUCGAUCCGAUCGAGUUCGUGCCAAACAGGCUCCUUAUCAACCGCCCCCAAGAAAGCACAAAGUUCGCAUUUGUCGUCAUAAGAAUGACAAAUGUUCUUCCUCGGAUUCGUCGGAUGAUGAACUGAACUUUGAGGAAGAGUGCAGCAUGGAAGAACUGACGGUGAAGAUAAAGCAUCCUUAUCGGUUGCACGCGGAUCUUUGGCACAACGAUCCGGGGGAAAUGAAUGACGGUCCGCUGUGCCGAUGUUCAGCAAGAUCUAGGAGAACGGGCAUACGGCAUGGAAAGUAUCCCGGAGAAGUUGGUUUUGGCAAAUGCAUAUCGAAUUCGAAUAACGCCGACAAACUAUAUCAUUACAGGAUAACCAUUUCACCACCGACUAACUUUCUCACUAAAACUCCAACAAUUAUCAAACACGAUCAACACGAGUUCCUUUUUGAAGGAUUCUCCCUUCUAUCGCAUCAACCCAUCGGAGAACUACCCACGUGUAAGGUCAUCCGUUUCAACAUCGAAUACACAAUUCUUUACAUUGAAGAGCAAAUGCCGGAAAAUUUCACAAUUCGUGAGCUAGAUCUGUUCGAACAAUUUAUGUUCAAAGAGUUACUGGAGCUGAUUGAUUUUACCGUAUAUCCCUCGGGUGCUGGUCCGGAAAAUUCGUGCCCAUGCUAUCAUUUCCUACCAAGAUUCGUUCGUGAUCUACCGGAUAAUGGAAAGGAAGUUUUGGCGAUGGGUGAAGUUCUGCGCUAUCUAUUGGAUAAUUCUGGCCCCUUGGUGGCUCCUGAUAUACUGAAAGAAAUGAAUGAUCUUAGUCAAAUCGAAUGGCAGGAUUAUGUGGAUUACGUGAAAGGAAUGGUAGUGACAAAUCCCGGCAUGAAACCCUGCUCGGUGCGAGUAGAUCAGUUGGACCGAAAUGUAACGGACGUCCCAAAAGCUAAUUUGACCGACGAGGAGGGCAAUGUGCAUCCGGUUAUCGUCCACUUCGGUAUCCGACCUCCUCAAUUGAGUUACGCAGGAAACCCAGAAUACCAGAAAGCCUGGAGAGAAUACGUGAAAUUCAGACAUUUGAUAGCGAACAUGUCGAAACCAUCGUUCGAAGACAAACGAAAGCUGGAAGCAAAGGAGAACCGACUGCUCGAGAUGCGAACCCAAGGACGAAUGAAGCGCAACAUAACGGUUGCUGUUAGCGCCAAAGGAUUCCACCGGACAGGAAUUAUGUGUGACAUGGUACAACAUGCCAUGGUGAUCCCGGUUCUAACGGGACACUUGCGAUUCCAUCGUGCACUUGACGUGCUGGAGGAGCACAUCGAUUACAAGUUCAUCAAUCGAUAUACCCUACAGCUGGCUCUGACGCAUCCUUCGUAUAAGGAAAACUUCGGUACCAAUCCGGACCACGCUCGCAACAGCUUGACCAACUGUGGAAUUCGGCAGCCAGAGUACGGCGACAGGAAGAUUCAUUUCAUGAAUACCCGCAAACGUGGUAUAAACACACUGAUCAGCAUCAUGUCUCGGUUCGGCAAGGAGUACGAAACCGACAGCAAUAUUACGCAUAACGAACGGUUGGAGUUCCUGGGCGAUGCGGUGGUGGAGUUUAUAACGUCGAUCCAUCUGUUUCAUAUGUUCCCGGAUUUGGAAGAAGGUGGUUUGGCAACAUACCGUGCUGCCAUUGUACAGAAUCAACACUUGGCCGUGCUUGCCAAAACGCUGCACCUGGAAGAAUUUAUGCUGUACGCCCACGGAUCCGAUCUAUGCCAUGAGCUGGAACUGCGACACGCCUUGGCAAAUUGUUUUGAAGCACUGAUGGGCGCCCUCCUGUUGGAUGGUGGCAUUGAAACAGCUGACCGAGUAUUUGCCUACGCAUUGUUUCAAGAAGAUACAAAUUUACGUAACAUUUGGGUCAACUAUCCACCGCACCCGUUGCAAGAGCAAGAACCCCUGGGCGAUCGCCAUCAUAUUGAAUCCUUCGAAAUGUUGAAAACAUUGACCAAGUUUGAGGAUGCGAUUGGAGUGAAUUUUAACCAUAUUCGUUUAUUGGCUCGAGCAUUUACAGACAGAUCGAUUGGAUUCACUAACUUAACAUUGGGUUCGAAUCAGAGGUUGGAAUUUCUAGGAGACACCGUACUGCAAUUGAUCUGUUCGGAAUACCUAUAUCGACAUUUUCCCGAACAUCACGAAGGUCACUUGUCGCUACUACGAAGCUCGUUGGUCAACAAUAGAACACAGGCUGUUGUUUGUGACGAUUUGGGAAUGACAACUUAUGCGGUGUAUUCCAAUCCAAAAGCUGAUUUGAAAACUAAAGAUCGUGCCGAUCUUCUGGAAGCAUUCCUUGGAGCUCUUUACGUAGAUAAAGGGCUUGAGCAUUGUGAAACCUUCUGUCAUGUAUGUCUAUUUCCAAGAUUACAAGACUUUAUCAUGAAUCAAGACUGGAACGAUCCUAAAUCGAAGUUGCAGCAGUGUUGCUUAACACUUCGUACGAUGGACGGAGGAGAACCGGAUAUUCCCAUCUACAAGGUGAUCGAAUGUAAUGGUCCCACUAAUACCCGUGUUUAUACUGUAGCAGUUUAUUUCCGUGGCAAACGAUUGGCUUGCUCAAAUGGCCACAGCAUUCAACAAGCCGAAAUGAAUGCUGCUAAAAAGGCGCUUGAGAACUCGAAGGAUCUGUUCCCGCAGUUGGAUCAUCAAAAACGAGUCAUUGCACAGAGCUUGAAAAGGCAACGUGUUCGGAGGGGUUCCAUGGACGAUAGAUCUGAUGAUCAGGAUCGACACGAUGGAGGCUCUUCCGACUCAUCUUAUAAUAAUGAAAAAUCGUCUGACUCUUACCGAAAAAAGCGCAAAAAAGUGCCAGAUACGCCACAACUGCCGAAGCAAUAUCAGGUCAAGGAAAGCGACAGUGACAGUGAUGCGUCCGAUGAGCGGGAUAAGAAACGAUCUAAGCGACCACCGAGGAAGUCUAGAUCUGCUGAACGCUCUGUGGCAAAUAAAUGUGAAAAAGUCGUAUCGUCAGCAUUCAGUUUGGUGGAACAGUACGAGUCCUUAUCGGAGGAAGACGAUCUUCAGUUGGAAGCUAUUUCGGAGUCCGAUGAAGACUUCGAUGCGAAGCCGUCACUCAAAGAAGGCGUCGGGAAAGUGUUGGCUAAUAUCAAAGUCGAGGAUGCAGUAGAAAGUAAUGCCAUAAAAGUGGAGAAAGAAACAUUUGCCAGUUCGGUCCAAAUUUUCAAAAUAGAAGGCACCGAUGAUGUUUCAUCAGAUCUUGAAUCAGGUGAAAUUGAAUAAAUUUGUCAAACAUUC